AAAGAUGACGAAGAACCAUAGCAAUGAUGACCCAGCCACUCAAGAAAAUUGAUUUUUAGCUCUUUUUGUGUAGAACAUCCAAAGCAUAUACUAGAAGCUGAGGACAAAGAUGAACUGCUCUUUAACAGAGGCCACUUUCUCUAGUACAUAAUAUUAAAUCUUCACUUUUUUCUUCACUUUCAUUUUCCUCAUUAAAGAAAUAAGCAACUUCACUUCAUUUCCCAUGUUAAAUAUCCAACUAUUCUCCUUCUCUUCAUUAGCUUUCUUUCCUUCUUAGCAUGAGAACUUGCACAGAAGGCCUAAGUGCAGAAGAGUCUGAACCUAGUGGAAAUAGCAAGCUCAGAAUGAGCACUAGCAGCACAAAGAACUUAUUACAAAAGCUGGAGAACAUUGAUGAAAAUGGUCCUGCUUUUUGGCAACCUGUCUCAUGUGAUGCGCCUGAAACUCCUACUGAGUCCAUGGAGUUUCUUGCUAGAUCAUGGAGCCUUUCAGCCAUGGAGCUCUCUAAAGCACUUUCCAACACUCAUGUAGCUUCUGAAAACGUUAAGAAGCAACCUGGGUUCUCUGCUCAAGCUGAAGAGCAAGGUGCAAGUGCUAAAGAACCCAAAGAAACUGAAUUGUUUUUACUUCAUCAAUCACUCAACCCAGAAUUCCUUUCCAGUCGACCGCUCAAAACUGGGCUAUCCAAGAGCAUAGUUAAAGGGAGAACAAUGGGAAGAUGGUUGAAGGAUCAAAAAGAGAGGAAGAAGCAGGAGAUCAGAACUCAUAAUGCACAACUGCAUGCAGCUAUAUCCGUAGCAGGGGUUGCUGCUGCUGUUGUUGCAGCUCUAGCUGCCUCAAAUGUGAUGUCAGCAGAAAUGGCUUUCAACCGCCAGAAGAUACAUUCCAAAAAACCAGCUGCAAUGGCUUCAGCAGCAGCUCUGGUAGCAUCUCACUGCAUCGAGAUUGCAGAGGAAAUGGGUGCUGAUCAUGACCAAAUCAUAAUGGUUGUCAACUCUGCAGUUAAUGCAAGGACUAGUGGAGAUAUCAUGACCCUAACAGCUGGAGCAGCUACAGCCUUGCUAGGAGCUAACACUCAAAAAGCGAGGCUGCAAAAGAGGCAUGGAAGUACAGCCUUUGCUCUGGUGGAGGAAAAGGUUGAAGAAGGAAAAGAAUCUGACAUCUUGGCAGCAUUGAACUUCGUGACUAGAGGGGGAGAACUGCUCAAGCGUACAAGGAAAGGAGCUCUCCACUGGAAGCAAGUUUCUUUUAACAUCAAUUCAAAUUUGCAGGUGGUAGCUAAAAUGAAAAGCAAGCACAUGGCAGGAACAUUCACAAAAAAGAAGAAGUGUGUAGUCUCUGGAGUAUACAGUGACAUACCAGCACGGCCUGGAAGAGGGAAAGAAGACUGCAACGAGGAAAGAGCUUACUUUGGGAUAAAAACAGCUGAAAGAGUGGUAGAGUUUGAAUGCAGAAGCAAAGAUGACAAGCAGAUGUGGACUGAUGGGAUUCGGCAUAUGCUGAAUUGCUGUACCAAUAUAAAAUCGGAGGCAACUUUCAAUUGCUGCAAAACUAGCUUUUGACUUUGCAAAGUGAUUAAAAAGAAAUGCAUAUCUCGUACUUUCUUGAAAUUGAAAAUGUAAACGCACUUUUAACUAUUGUUUGUCAUAUACAAAGCUGAAGGAAGGAAGGGCCUAUUGAAUGAGAUUGGCCAUGGGCAAA